CGUACCGUUUAUUCAAUAUUUGUAAUGCGAUUGCGCGAAAACCCUUUGACGCAGAGAGAGGAGCAACGAACGAUUUUACUUCGCCUGCAACUGCGAGAGCCAGAUAACGGAAACCAAUAGUGUUUAAUUUCGAAGAAACUCCGAUUGCUUUCAUGCCGUGCCUGAUCUGAGUACUCACGAUAGUAUACCGAUGACAGAAACUCAGAAGGGAGCUUCCUCAUCUGCCAAGGCAAAAGAGAAAAGUCCAUUACUGGAUCUUGACAUUGGAAAUGAUUUUCUUAACUCAUGGAAAUCAAUUUCCAUUGGGGAUGAAUCUAUGGAUUUUGACUUUGGGCCUAUUUCCAAGAAUAAGAAAAAGACAUUCAACUUUGACAAAGAGGAUAUGGAUUUCAAUCUUGACAGCAAUUUUAGCAAGAUAUCAUCCUUCAAGAUUGACAUGUCAGACCUUGAUAUUUCUUCUCCAAGUAAGAAAAAUGGAAAGACAAAAGAAAAAUCAAAUGAAGAAUCUUCUGGUGCCAGUAACAAGGGGAAAGCAGAUAGCUUCAACUUCAACUUUGAUUUCAAGGAGGUGGAUGGUCUUAGUUUUGAGUCAAGCCCGAGGGCAAAAGAACAACCUAAGAAGAUUCUAGAAAUUGAAGGUUCUUCUGAAACAAGUGCGCAUCAAGGCUCUGGACUCCAUCUGAGUGAAGAUGUUGGUGAAAUAGACGGUGGCACACCCAAAAAGAACUCUGAGCCAGAGAUGGCAAUUACUUCAACUGCUGAUUCUUUGGUUGACAGUGGUCUAACUCCUCAUACCAUAGACACAAAUUGUUCUUCAAAGUGUACUGCAAACAACAAUGAUGCAUCAAUUUCUGCAACCGUUAAUCACAAAGAUGAACUAAUGCAAACAAGAAUCUUUCCAAUGAGGAAGACAUCUACCAACACACAACAUACAGAUUUCCCAACAGAGAAGGGAACCUCUCCUGAAUCAGUUGCUGAGGAAGCCAUACAGGAUGUAUCUCCCCAUUCUUCUGGACGUGAGUCAAGCCAAGAUGCAGGUUCUGACUUGCUGAAAGAAGUUGGUUCUCUGGGUGCAAAACUGAGUUCUUCAGAUGUAGAGAAGGAUCUUGAACUGAUAGCUGGUCUGGACUCAAAUGACAAUAAAACAAUGCCUGAAAGAUUUCUUGUACAGCUGAGCAAUGCCUCGCAGGAAAGUAGCAAAUUUGAGAAUGACAAAAAUCUUUUGGUUAGCAAUAUAGAGGGGAACAAUACACACCCCGAAUGCAAUAUUGCAAGAGCCAAGAAGGAUGAGCAUCUCAAAAAAGUCAAUGACGAGAUACAAGAACCUAUUUCCAGGCUACUUAAAGCCCCAUUAAGCAGUGAAACUGCUGUUCAAAAUUUGACACAAGGGAAAGGUGACUGUGGCACCAUCAGGUCAAAGUUCUUCAAGCCGUCAAUUGAAACUGCUGCUCAUAAGCAGAAGAAAUCUUUGACACAGGCAAAACAUUUUGGCACAAGCCCACCAAGUCAUGGUGAUGAAGGAAUGGCACAAAAUGGUAAAGGUGAUGAAAAUGGGAAGGAAGUUGUUUCAUUGCCAGGUUCUAGAUCACCCAAGAGUAGCAUUCUUCAGGCAGGAAGUCAGGACAACUGUAAAGGUUUUUCCACAGACAUUUCUCAUGUCAGGCCUUUGAGUACGGGCGAGCAGAGUAAGUCCAUGCCACACAACAAUGGAAAUCCAAGAGUUCUAAGAAGUGCCUUUCCUUCAAUGGCAAGGAAAACUUCUGGUGGUGACAAGAAAAUCUACCCUAUCAAAGCUGGUAGACAGACACUGGAUUUCCCUAGCUUGAAACUUUCGAAAAAUGUGGGAUCAAGUCCUUGUGUAUCUCAGUCCUUGUUGCCGAAAGAUGGUAAAGCCUUGGGAAACCUGGAGCAGAAUACUAGUCUAAAAAGCAUUGCACAAUCAAUGGUUACUCACCCUAUUACAACAUCAGCAUCAACGCAAAAGCCAAACAUCACACCUCUUAAAAGGAAAACAACAGAGACGGCUGCAGAAAUGAUAAUUACUAGUCCAUUUAAACGGCCCUUGGAAUCACCAAGUGAACACAGAGAUUUUUCCAGAAUUUCAGACACACAGGACUUUUACAGCAAGGAUUGGACCAACUGUAACACAAGGGUUGAAUAUAACAGUUCCCAGACCUCUGCACAUGAUAUUCCUCAGCCUGUGAACAAAAAGGAAUUAGGAGUCCUUCCAACAACGGUAGAUGAUGACAAUGUAAAAAAGGCUGAGGCAUAUUCAAAAGAUCUUGAUGAUAUAUGCAACAAGCUUAGGAAGAUGCAUGAGGAAGCUAAAGAACUAUUUGUCCAGUCUAUUGUGAACAAUAAUAAGCUGCUGUUGCUGAACCAUCCUAUUUAUGAACAAAAGAUACAUGUGGUUAAAAAUUUUGCUGCUGGAUUGAUGAAGAGGGAGACCCAAACAUAACCAUAGUGCAAUAAAUUGGUCAAGGAAGCUUUUAGCAACAUCAACUUACUGAGCAUUAGGCAUAAAGAAUGUGAUCGCUGGAAUUAGAACUUUCUUGACACCCUAGAACAAUCUGGUACACAGGUACAGACUCUUCCCAAUGUUAAAAACUUGUAAUUACUGUUUUCUUAUUGUUGGUUGUUUACAUCAAAAUUGAGUGAUUGAGCUAGAUGCCUAGAUGUACAUGAACUGAUGAACUAAAUCGUUAUGUUGAGAAUAUAAUUUGGCUACUGAAGUAGUAGUUCUAGUCUUC